UCGGUUUUCUAAGCAUUCGCUCCCUCUCUUUCAUCAUCCACUAUUUCUCUCCGUUUUCUGGUCCAGCCGGAAAACUUCUCCCGUUCGCCGGAAAACCGCUUUUGUUUUCGGCGUCCCUUUUUUGGCGUUUCCAGAGGAAGCUGAUUUCGGUCUUCUUAUUCUCGCGUCGGCAUUCUCUCUCAAUUUGCUUUUGUUGCUUCUACGAGGCGUUGGAUCUCUCUGUCACGCGGUUUUAGCGUUCUAUUCGACGUUCUUCGAGAAUGUGGCGAGCCUGGUUGUUCUUCGAGGCUCGCGCUUAAUCUGCAUCAUUCUGGAUCGUUGUUUAGGGUUUAGAUUCGGAUUUUUAUCGUGAUUGCUUUUUCUGGCUGUUCUGUGCACAAGUUAACGAAGACGGAGGCCUACAGGGAGCGACUUCGUAAUGAAAUGGUGGAAAGAAGAGUGACUUUAUCUAAGGAAGUUAGGAAUGGGUUAGAAUUUUUGAAGCGUAAAAGGCUUCAGCGUGCACAAUCUGUCACUGCUACCCAAACAAAUAUUGCUAACAUGAUGAACAGAAGUGGAGGAGAUGCUUUAAGAGACUCAGCAUCAUGUGGCAUGAGAUUGCAUGGCAAUGCUGAUGUCUUUUCCAAACGAAAGGUGGAUAAGUUUGAUACAAAUGACCUGGACUGGACUGAAACAAUUCCAGAGUGUCCUGUGUAUUCUCCAACAAAGGAGGAAUUUGAGGAUCCUUUGGUUUAUUUGCAAAAGAUAGCUCCAGAAGCUUCUAAAUAUGGUAUAUGCAAGAUUAUCUCUCCUUUGAGCGCUUCAGUACCUGCUGGGGUUGUAUUAAUGAAGGAGAAAGCAGGUUUCAAGUUUACAACUAGAGUGCAGCCUCUUCGCCUUGCUGAAUGGGAUUCUGAAGACAAAGUCACGUUUUUUAUGAGUGGAAGAAAUUAUACAUUUCGUGAUUUUGAGAAAAUGGCAAACAAAGUAUUUGCUAGAAGAUAUUGCAGUGCUGGAUGCCUUCCUGCCACAUACUUGGAAAAAGAGUUUUGGAAUGAAAUUGGUUGUGGGAAGAUGGAAAGUGUUGAAUAUGCAUGUGAUGUUGAUGGCAGUGCCUUUUCAUCUUCUCCCACUGACCAGCUUGGGAACAGCAAAUGGAAUUUGAAGAAACUAUCAAGGUUGCCCAAAUCAAGUUUACGGCUCUUGGAAACAUUAAUUCCGGGAGUAACCGAGCCCAUGUUGUACAUUGGAAUGCUGUUCAGCAUGUUUGCUUGGCAUGUGGAAGAUCAUUAUUUGUACAGCAUUAAUUAUCAUCACUGUGGCGCAUCCAAAACAUGGUACGGUAUUCCAGGUCAUGCAGCUUUGGAAUUUGAAAGGGUGGUGAGAGAACAUGUGUACACUAAUGAUAUUUUGUCAAGUGAUGGGGAAGAUGGUGCAUUUGAUGUUCUUCUGGGGAAAACAACUCUAUUUCCACCAAAUAUUUUGUUAGAGCAUGAAGUUCCUGUCUACAAGGCCGUUCAAAAGCCUGGGGAGUUUAUAAUAACUUUCCCUAGAGCAUAUCAUGCUGGCUUCAGUCAUGGUUUCAAUUGUGGAGAAGCAGUGAAUUUUGCAAUUGGUGAUUGGUUUCCGUUAGGGGCUAUUGCUAGCAGAAGAUAUGCACUUCUUAACAGGGUUCCUUUACUGCCCCAUGAAGAACUUCUAUGCAAAGAAGCAAUGCUUCUCCGUACAUGCUUGGAACUUGAAGAUUCGGAUUUUCCCUCUUCAGACUCUCUUUCUCAUAAUAGCAUUAAGAUUUCAUUUGUUAACUUGAUGCGAUUCCAGCAUUGCGCGCGAUGGUUUCUAACGAAAUCAAGGGCUUGUAUAAGCGUCUCUUCUCAUUCCCAUGGCACAAUUCUCUGUAGCCUUUGCAAACGUGACUGUUACGUAGCUUAUGUUGAUUGCAACUGUCAUAUGCAUCCUGUAUGCCUACGUCACGAUGUUGAUUCUCUUGACUUCACCUGUGGGAGCAAACACACACUUUAUUUGAGGGAGGAUAUUAUGGAUAUGGAAGCCGCAGCCAAGAUGUUUGAGCAGGAAGAUGGGAUAUCACAUGAGAUAAGGAAGCAAACCAAUAGUGGUCAAAACAUGUAUGCAUAUCCUUUGUCAAAUAUGUUUCAGAGAGCCGAGGCAAAUGGAUACAUUCCUUAUUGUGAGCUAAAACUUGAUUCUGUUGUUGAAUUUUAUACAACUCCAGAGCACUCAACAAAUAAUCAAGAAUACAGUACACAGAAUCAAUCUGUCUUUGUACAUUGCUCUGAAAAUCAAAUACCAUUGGUGUCUGACGUUUCCUUUUCUUCAGCCACAUCCACUCUUUCUGAAUCCCUUGAGAGCUUCUCUACUCCCAAAAAUGCUGAAGGGCAUACAAAUAUCAAUUUAGGAGGAGGUAUUGUUGAUUUUGAGGAUUUUGGUGAAAGAAUACCCAACAGUGCAUGUGAAUCUUCGUUAUCCCCUGCUGUGUGCCAUGAAAGCUCGAUUAAACCACAGAGUGUUGUUCAGAGAGUUGAUACAAAGCCCAUCGCGGACGAGAGUGAUUCUGAUUCAGAGAUGUUUAGGGUAAAGCGCCCUUCUUCUCUGAAAGCAGAGAGGAGAAAUAUGAAUGAUGUCACGUCUUCAAAGCAGACUGAGCAGCAGGGACUAAAACGGCUGAAGAAAGUCCUUCCUGAAGGAAGGAGUGAUCAACCAAUGGAUUUCAGAACUCAGGAGUUAAGUUACAAACAUGUUAGCCAUAAAAGUCGUGUUCAAGUCUCCUCCAGGGACAGAUUUGCAAGGGGUAAUGGCAUUCCCAUUUCGAUAAGAUAUAAGAAGUUAGGAAACGAGGAAAUAAGUAUGCAACGAGAUCACCACCAACACCGGAAAGAUAGGUUCUUGCAGCAACAGACAUUUAGGGAACCGCCUUCCAUUGAGAUUGAGCCAAAGCGCCUUAAAGUCCGAGGCCCUUCGUUUUUAGGCUUAGAGAGCAGAUUGAAUUGAUGUUUCAAGUUGGCUCGAAAGGAUUGUGAAACGCGAUCAAGAGUCUGAAUUUGCUAACUUCAUUUAGCUUAUGGGCUUUCUAACAAUACACUAAAUCCAAAUGAUUGAUUAAGGGAGGAAGCAGCGGCAAGAUAUUAACGUAUUAGGAUAUGAAAAUUACAUUCUUUGUGCAGGCCAACAUUUGGAAUCUGCACGGGUGGUGAUCCUUUGGGUUCUCACGCCGAGGUGUUUUUCCAACUUUGGUUGGUGAACCUGACUUGCAAAGUUAGGACUUAGAAAUCGGGUUAGCGACAUUUAUUUCCAUGUAAAUUUGUAUUUUUCUUCUCACCUGUUGUUUAGGUCUUGUUAGGAACGUGGUCUCCAUUGUUUUCUCAUUAAAUU